CACAUAAAAGCGACGCCGACGCCGACGACUCGUCACGUCACACAGCAGCAGCGCACCGUACUCACAGCCCUGACCUGGAACUCUUCAAUCCAAUCACACAAUUGGUCUGAUAGUCCAGCCUUCGAAACGACAGACUGGUAAACGGCCGAGCACUGCUAGCAGAGAUGAGGAGCUUGUACUGCAGCCUGCUGGCGCUCAUGACGCUGACGUCUUGUGCCCGGGCGGUCGUCUUCACAAGGUGCGAGCUGUACCACGAGCUGCUGCAGAGGGACUUCCCCGAGGACCAGCUGCCAGACUGGGUUUGCCUGGUGGAGAACGAGAGUGCCCGCAACACUUCAGCGCUGAGUCCCAUCAACACCAAUGGCAGCCAGGACUUCGGACUUUUCCAGAUCAACAACCGCUAUUGGUGCGACAGUUGGAAUGGUACUGAGGGAUCCUGUCAUGUUGCUUGCAAAGACCUGCUGGACGACGACAUCGACGACGACUGCGCCUGCGCACACCUCAUCUUCUCGCGGCAGGGCUUCGACGCGUGGCACGGCUGGACCAAGCGGUGCAAGGGCAAGCCGCUGCCAGACCUCUCACACUGCUGAAGCCCGCUGGCCGCGGCAGUCAUCCAGCCAGCCACUGCGGGACGUCACUACAAACCGGUCCCGUGCGGGACUGCGAGAAAGAAGAUAAAAAAAAGUUGGCGUACUUUCAUCUCCGCCUUCGUUUCUCAGCGGCACGGCAUCGAACGAUGAAUGUGCGGACACUUUAGACCUUGCCUUAUUGUAUUUUAUGUACCUGUACGUUACCUCAUCCACUGAAGAGUUCCUGAUUACUGAUUCACAUAUAAACUUUUAGGACACGUGGGCACUUAUGCUUCUUCGCAUCAAGCCGACGUUACUACUUCGACAGUGAAGACGCUGAAAAAUGUAUACAGUCUCUCAGAGAAGUUUCAGUAUACCUUCUGUUGAGCAACUACACUUAGAAAUAAUGCAAAGAAGAUUACUGCAACAACACAUUUAACGUAUCUAUUCCCUACAUCGUGCUGUGUCAGUAGUAUUAUGAAUCAUAUAUAAAAACUCAGUGGCUGCUUAACAGCACUAACUCAGCGAAUAAGAAACAGAACACACAGUAGAUGUCAAAAUUUCAGUGAAUGGUAUAAAUGAUCAGAAGUAUCGGCCUGGGGAUGUGUAGUGAUUCAAAGAACGUGCACUUAAUAGGCAAUACUGUUAAUUCGUAUAUUGUACUUACUGUAUAAAUGCACGUCUUACCUUAUUUCCAUCCUUUUCAUCGUUACUGGGGCUAUGUCGCAAGAUUAUAAAAAAUAAACCAUAGCUACCCUGCAUACUUACAGAUAUCCUAAUCGAAUAUCACAUGUUGAGAUUCGAAAAAUGUAAGCCACACAAAAAUGAUAUGCUAGAAAUCAACACAACAUCCUGUUUGAGAGGAAGACGCAUAGUGCUCAUGAUCAAUGAUGUAUAUAUUGGAGUUAAGAGGUAGUUCAUUUUUUAUAUGUACAGCAACUUACACUACCAUGACAUUCCGGAGCUAUGAAUUUCACGUUUUAUGGACGCAGCUGUUUUGCUUGUGUCGUAUUCAUGGAUUUAUUUAUUGUAUAACCAUAUUUCAAUAAUUUUGUUCAAUAAACGCUAUAUUGUAAAAA